AUGGGCAUCAAGCUUGCGGAACUCAAGAGGUUCCUUGCCAAUGCUGACAAGAGGAACAUCAGAGACGAGAGUGUGCAGUCAUGGCUCAAGGCGGUCGAACGGGGUCCUUCUAGGGAUAUGGGUUGCUUCAUUCCAUUGCCCUUUUGUAUGAGGAACCCUCUCCAUGCUCAUGACAUUGGUAAUCACAUCAAAAACCUUAAUAAGAGGCUAGAUGACAUUGAGAAGUGUAGCAAAACCUUCAACUUCGUCAACCUUGCAUCUUAUGAUGAUGACACAGAAAAGGUAGAAUCCUACCUUCGUGCUAGGCGUGAGAUGACGGGAGAGGAUGAGUUAGGUGUGGUUGGUGGGAAGAUUGAGGAGGACACGAGAAAUCUUGUGGAUUUGCUCACAAAGAACAAGAAAAAUGUACAUGAACACAAAAAAGUUAUGGUUUAUGCUAUUGUGGGAGUAGGAGGGAUUGGCAAAACCACACUUGCCAAGAAGAUCUUUAAUCAUGACUCCAUCAAACAAGAGUUUCAAAAGAGAAUAUGGUUGAGUGUCAAUCAAGAAUUUAGCGAUGUUGAUCUAUUAGAGAGAGCAAUCACUAGAGCAGAAGGAAACCAUCAAGCACCAAGAAACACAAAGGACGCACUAGACUGA